ACAGCUGAUCGGAGCGGCCGUCUGACGGAGAAGCGGUCGCGGUCAGCAGGAAAUAAUCUUAUUUAUUUUAAUAAAUCUCGCGAUUUUCCUGUUAUUUUAUUUUUUACUUUACACGUAUCGUCGUUGUAUUCUGUUAAUUAAUUUAUCGAGACUCCGGGCAUCAUGGACACGCGGGGUCUGCGGCGGAGGGGCGUUGGGAGAGGCGGUGGAGCGGCAGACGCGGACGAGGCGCGGGGAGUGCAGGGCCCGGGCGAGAAGGGCGGGAGGUGGCGCUGGGUGAAGUGGGUGCUGGCAGUUGUGCUCGUCGUCUAUGUGGCUGUGCCCAUUCUGGUCAAGGUGUGCCCCACCAUCCAAGCCAAGAUCGUCUUCCUCAACUUCAUACGUGUACCAUUCUUCAUUGAGCUGCAUGACCCACUGAGCCUGGGUCUCAACCACACAACCAACCAGUACUUGACCCUGGAGCCAGGUGUGCGCCUGGGAGUUUGGCACACCGUCCCUGCCAGCCAGUGGAAGGAGGCUGAGGGCAAGGACCAGCAGUGGUACGAUGCGGCGCUAGGCAAUGGAGCACCGGUGUUUGUCUACUUCCAUGGAAACGCUGGGACCAGAGGAGGGCAUCACAGAGUGGAGCUGUAUAAGGUGCUGAGUGCCAGUGGCUUUCACGUGGUGACACUGGACUAUCGGGGUUGGGGUGACUCCACGGGCACGCCCACGGAGGAGGGCAUCACGGCAGACGCCAUCUUUGUGUACAAGUGGGCACAGCAGCGGGCGGCAGGGCCCGUGUACAUCUGGGGACACUCGCUCGGCACUGGAGUUGCUACAAAUGUGGGUCGGAAACUAUGCGAGCAAGGGGCACCCCCGGGUGCUGUCAUCUUGGAAGCUCCGUUCACCAAUAUCCGGGAGGAGGCCGAUAGUCACCCUCUCGCCCAGAUAUACAAAAUAUUUCCCGCCUUUGAUUGGUUCUUCUUGGACUCGAUCACGGACAGCGGCGUCAGGUUCGCAAGUGACGAGAAUGUGCAGCACAUCACUUGUCCCCUCUUGAUCCUGCAUGCUGAAGACGACCACAUUGUGCCCUUCCAUCUUGGAAAAAAGCUCUACGACAUAGCAGCAUCAGCGAAAGUGAAUGUGGAGUUCGUCCCAUUUGCAGCCAACCUAGGCUACCGCCACAAGUACGUGUAUUCAGAUCCAGGACUGCCACUCAUUAUCAGGAGGUUCCUCAGCCUCUGAGGGAGGAUACACUGGCAUGAUUCUCUUGGUGGGAGUACACAGUCUGGGAAUAGGACAUCUGUACAUCCACAGAGGGAGGGAAGUUGCUUUGUGCUACUUUGAUUUGAUUUUUUUACAGCAAAAUCUAAACUAACAUUGUAAAAGAAGAAAAAAAAUUGAAAUGUUUCAAGUAUUGGAUGUGACAGGUAGUAAACGCUUGUGCAAUGUACAAUGAUGUGGGCAUGGCAGUGAAAUCGUGGAUUUUCACUGCUACUGACCAAAUGUAUCCCAGCCAAGGUCGGUGACUGCAAAAUGUGGAAAACUGUCUAGCAUUGCUUUUGUGUGCAUAGUGUGACCUAAUGAACAAGGAUGUGAUUAACGAUUCUGUAAAAUGUACACGUCUCUUUUAAAGGAAGGUGCAACUCAAAACACAGGUGGAUGCUAUUCAUGUCAAGACAAUAUUGAUCGAAACCAAUCUCGCAGUUGUAAUCAGCUUCCGUGAAUAGAGGAUGACAUUUUCACUUCUCAUAUUCUGGCUUCCGACUACAGGAAGGUGUGAGCCUUUUAAAGCCAGCCUCAAGUGCUUCUGCUUCCACCGGAGGAAAAGCACUUGAGGCUGGGGAAGGGCAGAGAUAUUUAAUCGGCAAUUGAUUUUACACCCCUCCUCCUCGGGUACGAGAGGUUGGCAAUGGUUUACAAUUACAGAAUGGGCAAUAACGGUGGUGACAUCGUGGGUACACAGUUGUUUUUAGCACUGAUGUGAAGGUUCGUUUCCCCGUACAUUUCACUGCAGCUCUCGAAUGUUGCACGUGGUUGGUGGUAUUCACCUGUAUUAGGAUUGCACCUGGAUGAUGCUGUGGCUUGUUGCCAAUUGGUGCUGUUGUCCUCCACUGACCAGUCCAUUGGUGGCCAGCGGGAUGGGUGAGGGUUGGAAUUGGACUGCGGCAACGGUGGUGUGAUGUCACACUUUCCCACCCAUCUAUAUGUACGCAAAAAUGUAAGAAACAUUUUGAGUAAAUGUUUUGGAUAUUUGGUUAACGCUAUGAUAAUAUUUACAGAAGUAGCAGCUGUGACACGUAGAGCAAAUAGGUUUUUACGUAAAUGCUAAAAGAUUGAUAUUUCCUCUCUGCACUGGGAUGCAAAUAAUUUAACACUGCAUGGCCCCAUAAUGCAGUGCUGCUUCAUGGGAAAUAUGCAAUCAGAGCUCUCACUUCGUUAAUAGGCUUGCUGCGAUAUUACCAUAUAACGUAUCGAAUUAUGUACUAUAUCGUUAUGUCGUGUUUACUGCUAAUAUUAAAUAUUACAUUUCCUGAUUUAAAAUAUGAAACAAACUUGAUCAUUCAAGUUGUAAAUAAAUAUCUUAUAAAAUGUGUGCAUGCAUAAAGCUUUGCGAUGUUACUGAUGGCAUGGCAAUUGACAUUAUUUUAGUAGUAAUGCUGAUUUCUUAUAUAACUGACAGUAUUUGUAAAAUUGAAUUACAGGAUUAGACUAUUUGUGAAUGGCUUAUGUUAAGUGAACUGCAGUUUGAAGAACUUUUAAAGUAAUCUUUACUCAGACUGAAAUUUAGCAAAACAUACAAUAACGUAAACUACAAAUACUGUAGAAGGUAAUGGGAAACUGAUAAUGUAAUAAUUGCCAUCUCGUGAAAUUUGGUGUUUUGUCGUUAAUCAUUAUGUCAUAUCGCAGCAACCCUAUUAAUUGGGUUCCUAGAUUCCUGAAAGACUGGCUGGGUGAGUCUCAGAAUUCCCAUUGGGUUCGUGGUAAGGCUGCUGGAAUGGCUGUGUGCAGCUGUGUAAUGCAGUCAUACAUAAUGUGCAUUUCAAGCAUGUUAAUGAGUCCAGAGAGCAUGGUUGCCCCUGAUGUCCAUUCAGAUGCUCUCCUGUCUAUACCUACAGAAUUGUAGUACAGCAAGGCCUAAUGUGGUAGAUGCGUUCCCGCUCAGAAACCGCGUUGACGGGCGCGUUCCAUAUUGUGCGAAAAGCGUUUACAAAUGGAAGAACCGCGUUUAUGGCGAAAAGUGUUGUGUUGUGAACACGCGGCAUUACAUCAUGGGACCUCCUUUGGCAGUACCAAAAUUCGAGAAUAGGUUUUCCCCUUUUUCUGGCAACAAAACAGGUGUUGAGAUGUUAAAACACCAAACUGAAACAUUUUACAAGGAAUCAUGUCUGCAUUAACCACAAUACUUGUCAGAAUGCAAAAAAAAACCUACUCUGAUAAUAUAUGCAUUGUUUUUGAAACUGAUUGGUCCACACCGAAGAUAGCUUUUUUUCUUCAAACGGUGUUAGACCAGAGGACGUCAAAAGGCUCGAAAGAAAGCUGUUUUCUUGCCAGAAACAAGUGGAAACCCUAUUCUCACGCGGCAUUACGUAAGGAACUAUACAGUAUGCUGCGCUAGUCUUAAUCCACGGGGAAGCCAUGCCUCGGUGACAACACAAGAGGGUGCUAUGGCAGCGUAUAGUGUAUUACACUGGUCAACACACUUUUUCUGGCAUAAGGUAUUCCAACAGUUUUAAGGUAAGUUUGGGGUGCUGAUUCCAAAUCUGGCAUCAGUUUUUGUCUAUCACAUCAGGUUUUUGAGAUAUAAAAUAUAGAAUUUUCAAUAAAAACUGCAGAAGAAAAAUAUUUAAUAAAUGUGGAUAUCUACAUAAAAUUAAAUUAUAAACACACUAUCCUAAAAAUACAGCACCAUAUUUUAACGCUAAAGCAGUCAUUGACUCGCAGCAACUUGCAAUCAUAAGUGAUGAGUUAAUUUCGGGUAAAAUCAAUGAAAAUGGGGUAUGUCAAUAACAUAAAAAUGAGAUGUGAUAGAGCAAAUCUGAGGUCAGAUUUGGAAUCGGCACCCUGCAAUUAGUCUAAAACAGCUGAAAAAGUCCAGGCCAGAAUUUUUUUCUUGACCAGUAUUAUACUUACCCAUUUCACCCAUUUCAUUAACGGAGCUUCAAACUCGCGGUGGACAGCCGUGCACAUGGAGACUUACGUCCGCUUCCACAAAAACGACACCAGUGUUUUUUUGGCUGCCCUCUCCUGUUAUUUCAAUGCUUUUGUGAUUGUUGCUCUUAGAGAUUUUAAUUUGGGAGUGAAUUUCGAGCUGCAAAAAGUGUUGGAUUGUAGGUCCUGCUCAUGAUCGAGACUGUGGUGUUCAGUUUUUUAUUCACUAAUUUUGCCUGAAUGGUUUACUAAUGCACUUCACCAAAAGACAGAUGGCUCAAGGGUUUAAUACUGUGUGCCAGUAUCUGAGAAUCUGAAAAUAGUUGUGACCGAGGUCCUGGGUUAAAAUCCCACUGUAAAUAAAAAAGGUUGCUAAUGAAGAAAGUUGGCCACUUUAAAAUUAGUUACUGAUGGCAUAACAAAUAACAACUUGAAGCACUUUGUUUUGCACUUUGGCCUCUUAUAUAAGGACGUAUUCAUUAGAUGUGUAAAUAAAUAACCUUAAGAGGGUACAUAUUAGUGUUUGUGAGAGAUAGGUCCUUAACGAAUGUCAUCACGCAAUGGUUAUUUUACAGAGACUGGGUGCAUUUAGUGUUUUUGGAUGGAAACAAAUCCCUUCACACCAUUCCUCCAUGCCAAAGGUACAAUUGUGAUUAUUUAUAAUUGGCUAAAAUCAAAACAUUAAAAACACUUUCCCCAACUUUGGUCUUUACACCAUUUACCACAUCAAUGAUGGCACCUUUUCUCUUCUUUCAAAAAAUAGAAGAUUGUGAUGAUUGUGGUGCCACAGCCACAUAAAUUCCAAUAACCAAGAGUAAAAUAAAAUACUUAAAUGCAAAAUCCCAAGGAUUUUAUACAUUUUGCUAGAAAGCAUGGUAGACCAUUUGUAAUGAUUGUAUCAAUUUGCGUGUUGCUGGUGAGAAGUGAUUUCAUUACUCGUGCUUUGCUCAGAAUCAUAUAUUGUAUAUUGGUGGUUUCUUGUAAGAAAGUUGCACAAUUAUACCUGAUUUUUGUCGUAUUAACAUGAAUAAGCAUAAACCUUUAAGUUGUAUCAAUGCAAGAGCUUCAUAAUGCGAAGCUAAGUUUAGAUGCAUUAUAAUGCACUAUGCGUGGGCUAAACUACUGCUUACAUUUUGGCGGCAAUGCCACUCCAUCCCAUGACCACAGCCACUGAACACUGGCACGUCCACUAUCAAUGCCUUGACUCAUCAUCUAAGCGCCUUUUGAUGGUGGAGUUUGGUUAGGCUCUACAGCUGUGAAAGAGCUACAUGUAAAUAAAAAAGCACACCACACCGACAUGAGAAUAACUAUUUUAGGACCAUUUUGAUGUGUUGGUGGACACUUUUUUAACAAUUCAAUGAGUAUAUGUCCAAACUAGUUUUAUUUCUGGAUUGUUUUAUCACCAUAAUACGUACCAUAACACGUCACUGACAGGAAUGAUAUCCAUUGGUUGAGACUAAUGGAGAGGUGGCAACAAAGCGGAUAACAUGCCCAAGUGGCGAUGUUAACUACCUCGCCUGGUAUGCAGGAGGUCGUGGUUUCCAUCCCAACCUGUAUAUUUGGAGUUUGCAUGUUCUCCCCGUGGUCGCGUGGAUUUUCUCCGGUUUUUCCCUCCAUUUAGAAACAUGCGCUUGAGUAUUUGGCUGUUAUAAAUUUGUACGCGUUAAGCCUAUUUCAUUGAGCUAUCAUUUGUGACGAGGCUUGCUCCUGAAAAAAGAACUAUGAUAGCUCACUGGCCCUUAUCUGUUAAAAUAAAAAAAGGUUGUAUAGUGGACGUGCAGUGGGGAUGGAGUGAGGAUUGUUGUAUUCGUCUGACCAUGAGGGAUUGUGAGGGAUUGUGACGGCUUGGGGAGACCCUCAUCCACAGUGGAUAGGUCGCAGCGAAUGAUAACAUUCCCCCUCGGCGGGCGUGUGUGACUUCUCAUAGUUCAGCUCUCGAUGCGUAUAUGGUACCCCAUCGGUCAUUAUUACAGAUAUAUAUUUGCCUGUUUCCUUCAUGAAGAUACUUCUAAACGUGUAUUUUUUUUACAAAUUGUGUGAAGAUGAUUUUGUCCUGUAUUGUCCGUUUUAGUUUCUGUAUUUGAACAUACAAUAAGAUACUUCCCAAUACCCUCUCACCUGAUUAUAAAAAUUGCUCAAACUACAUUCAAAUCUAACAUUAUUUAAGACCCUGGGUAAAAUGUGUGAAGUAUCGGAUAUUGCGUUCAUGACGUUAUUACAAUUUUUACAGUAAUUAUGUUUCAUGAGAAAAUUGAGCCUUAAAACGUUCAGAGGAAGGUUCUGCAAUUUCUUAACGAAUGUUUUAAAUAUAAUACCAGUAAUAAUUUAAAAUAAAAUCUAUCAAUCGCUCGGCAAAAUUGAAACUCUUAAACCAUUGUUAAUGCACUUCAACAUCGGUUUUUGUUUUAAGAUUACAAACAAUCGCGCAACGUUUAGCAUUGUGAUGAAGGGUCAUUAGGGUUUACGUUCACAUGUUGCUGCGUUGCCGAAAGAAAACUUAAUCAUCCCGUUUCCCUCUGCUCCUUCUGGGAGUGUCUUAUGUCACUUAUACAACACGAUGUGACCAUGGUUUAUUUUAAGUAUAAAUUCAGUGAUUGUCUUGCAUGCUGUGAUUGCGUACCUACACUUGAUUUUGUUGCAGGGGGUGUUAGUGUGGCAUGUUUCUGUAUCCAAAGGUGGGAAAAGCCUAUCUCACCAAGCAUCGUCAUGGUUAUCUUAACUGCUUAUAAUUCAUUCCCAUCUUUGGGUUGGAGUACAUUCUACAAGUUGUUCAAUGAUAUACAAAAUUUAAUCCCAACUGAAUGUGAUACGAAUGCUCAACUCACCAUUAUCAGGUUCAAAUGUCAGUCGGCGGUUGACAGCCCACCAUCCUUUUGGGACUCCUGAAAUGAGUAUCAUUUUGUACGAAGUCAACAGUGGUAAUCUUAUCGCUCCCUGGCAUAGGAAUGUGCAAUUUCCAACACUGGCUCAGGGCUGUCAAUGAAAAUGAGCAUUGUACCGAUGCUUAAGAAGCCAUUUCAUCCGCUAUGGCAGUUGAUGGUGGAAAGUCUUGAUUAGUGUAUUGGGAUGAGGCUGAUUACCAAGAUAUACUAAAGUUCUGACUGAAAAUUGUCUCUUGCAUAUAAAACAGUCUGUUAUGGAAAAACAUCCUUGAUGUGGAAUAUAUUAUAGGUUUGCUGUGGUUCAAUGUGGGUAACGUUUUGGUAUUUUUAUUUGGUCAAACUCUUAAAUACAUUGAGACCACUGCUUUACAAAAAAAUACAUGGUAUACUAUCUGUUCUAUUCAAAUAAAAAUUGAAACUUAACAAGUGUAACUGUGUAACCUGAAAUAAGUAAACCUGUUUUGAAUUUUCA